UAUUCGCAUGACUUUUUAAGGAUAAACAAAUGCACCUAAUGCUUUCAGAUAACCGGCUAAUAUUCAUAUCGUUUCUAGGGUUUGGCCUCUUGAAUAACAUUCUAUAUGUUGUGAUUCUUUCGGCUGCCGUUGAUUUGGUGGGUAGUCAAACCCCUAAAGCUGUGGUGCUUUUAUCAGACAUCUUGCCAGCUUUUAUCAUCAAACUAUUUGCACCAUUUUUCAUCCAUAUGAUUCCAUAUCAAACAAGGAUAUGGCUGCUAGUAUUUCUUUCCUCCAUUGGAAUGUUGGUGAUUAGUUUUUCGGCAGAAACUUCUAUCUCUUCAAAGAUUUUUGGAAUUUGCAUGGCCUCGUUAAGUUCAGGAUUAGGUGAGUUGACAUUUCUACAAUUGACCCAUUAUUUUACCGAGGUAUACUCGAUUGGUGGGUUUUCAAUGGGAACCGGGUUAGCUGGCCUUGGUGGAAGUUUUAUAUUCUUGCUCUUGACCAAUAUUUUGGGUUUGAGUACAUCUACAACCCUUUUAAUAUUCUCAAUCAUUCCACUUGGAUUCAUUGGACUUUUUUACUUUGUUCUUCCAUCAUCAAUUCCAGAACACACACAAUACGAGGAAUUACCUACAUCUUCAACUAGUAUGCCUCCUAAGCAAGUCAGCGAACCCGCAAUGUUAAUCGUCAAAAACCAUAUCACGAAAACCAUCGGAGAAAUAAAACCAUUAUUUAGACCUUUCAUGAUUCCCUUGUGCACUGUUUACAUUUCCGAGUAUGUGAUAAACCAGGGAAUAUCACCGAACCUUCUUUUCCCGCUAAAAGACCUUCCUUCGUGGUUAUUCAACUCUUAUAGAGAUAUUUACGUGGUUUAUGGAUUCUUAUAUCAACUUGGUGUAUUUAUUUCCAGAUCUUCCAUUAACAUUGGGAUCCGAUUCAAGAAGCUUCAUGUUCUCAGUAUUCUCCAGUUUGUCAAUGUGGUAAUCCUUGUGAAUCAGUCCAUACUUUAUUUCCCAUUCUCAUCCAUUUGGCCCUUACUAAUAUUGAUUCUUUACGAAGGGCUUUUAGGUGGACUUGCUUACGUAAACACAUUUUUGUCGGUGAGUGAAGAAACACCCAAGUCCAAAAGAGAGUUUAGUAUGGGAUGCGUCGGAAUGAGCGACAGUUUAGGAAUUGUGAUUGCCGGACUCAUAAAUUAUUGGCUAGAAAAGAGAUUGUGUAAUAUUCAAGUGGGUAAUGGACGGGACUGGUGCUUGUCCGAAAACUAGAUAGGAAGAAUACACGAAUUGUACCGAUUGAAAAAAACAGUGGCUAAUCACGAGGUAUGCGGAAAUACACAGUUUUUCGCAGAUAAAGAGUGAUUAUCUGCUUGAACUUUUUCUGGUGCUUGUU